AUGAAGUUCAAUAUCGAGGAUCUGCCUAUACUGUUCCCAUAUCCGCGUAUAUACCCCGAGCAGUAUGCCUAUAUGUGUGAUCUCAAGAGGACCCUGGACGCAGGUGGACACUGCGUCCUGGAAAUGCCGUCAGGAACUGGAAAAACAGUCUCCCUGCUUUCUUUAAUUGUAGCUUAUCAAAUGUAUUAUCCUGAACAUCGAAAAUUGAUCUACUGUUCACGUACCAUGUCCGAAAUUGAGAAAGCUUUAGCGGAGUUGAAAGCCCUAAUGAAGUAUCGAGCAGAUCAACUAGGUGAGGAAGAGGAUUUUAGAGGCUUAGGAUUGACCAGUAGAAAAAAUUUGUGCCUUCAUCCUUCUGUAAAACGAGAGAAGAGCGGUUCCGUUGUUGACGCCAGAUGUCGAAGCUUGACAGCGGGCUUCGUAAAGGAAAAGAAAGAGAGGGGUGAAGAUGUCGAUGUCUGCAUCUAUCAUGACAACUUAGAUCUUCUUGAACCUCAUAAUCUCGUUCCUCCAGGAGUCUUCACCCUCGACGGUAUGCUUAAGUAUGGUGAGCAGCAUAAACAGUGUCCUUACUUCUCUUGCCGGCGGAUGAUGUCUUUCUGCAACGUAAUAAUCUAUUCUUAUCAUUACCUCCUUGACCCGAAGAUUGCAGAAAGAGUCAGCAAAGAGCUAUCUAAAGACUGCAUAGUUGUCUUUGACGAAGCUCACAACAUUGACAAUGUAUGCAUAGAGUCUUUGAGUAUCGAUUUGACCGAGGACUCGUUGCGAAAAGCGACUCGAGGCGCCAACAACCUUGAGAAACAGAUCACUGAAAUGCGAUCUUCAGAUGCCGAGAAGCUACAAAGCGAAUACUCAAAAUUAGUGGAAGGUCUCAGGGGUGCAGACGAAGCUCGAGAGGAGGGUGCUUUCAUGUCGAAUCCAGUACUCCCAGAUGACCUACUCCAAGAGGCCGUUCCGGGAAACAUAAGAAGAGCGGAACAUUUUGUAGCGUUUCUCAAGCGCUUCGUCGAGUAUUUGAAAACACGCAUGAAAGUGCUUCAUGUCAUUUCAGAGACCCCGCCGUCCUUUCUACAGCAUCUGAAAGAGCUCACCUUCAUCGAAAAAAAACCCCUCCGAUUCUGUGCUGAACGACUCACCUCUCUAGUGCGCACCCUUGAACUUACAAACAUUGAGGACUAUCAGCCUUUACAAGAAGUAGCUACGUUCGCCACUCUUGCUGCAACCUACGACAAAGGCUUCCUGUUGAUUCUUGAGCCUUACGAAUCCGAAAGUGCUACCGUACCGAAUCCUAUCCUUCAUUUCACUUGUCUCGACGCCGCUAUUGCUAUCAAACCUGUAUUCGAUCGUUUCUCUUCCGUUAUCAUAACUUCAGGGACCAUAUCCCCCCUGGAAAUGUAUCCUAAGAUGCUCGGGUUUACGACCGUUGUGCAAGAAUCUUACAGUAUGACUCUCGCUCGACGCUCUUUCCUUCCCAUGAUCGUCACUAGAGGCUCUGAUCAAUCCGCUAUAUCAUCCGGAUUCCAAAUCCGCAAUGAGCCCGGUGUUGUACGAAAUUACGGCGCACUACUAAUGGAGUUCAGCAAAAUCACUCCAGAUGGCAUUGUCGUGUUCUUUCCCUCAUAUCUCUACAUGGAAAGUAUCAUAAGCAUGUGGCAAGGAAUGGGUACGCUGGACGAAAUCUGGAAAUACAAGCUGAUCCUGGUCGAGACCCCUGACUCGCAAGAGACCUCCUUAGCGCUUGAGACAUAUCGCACAGCUUGCUGCAAUGGCCGAGGUGCUAUACUUCUCUGCGUCGCUCGAGGCAAAGUCAGCGAAGGCAUCGACUUUGAUCACCACUAUGGACGUACAGUGCUGUGCAUAGGCGUGCCCUUUCAGUACACAGAAUCCCGCAUCUUAAAAGCUCGUCUCGAAUUCCUUCGUGAGACCUAUCGUAUUCGAGAGAAUGACUUCCUUUCUUUCGACGCGAUGCGUCACGCCGCACAAUGCCUGGGUCGAGUACUUCGAGGGAAGGAUGAUUACGGAGUAAUGGUGUUAGCAGAUAGGAGGUUUCAGAAGAAGCGAUCACAGCUGCCCAAGUGGAUCAAUCAAGCCUUACUAGAGAGUGAUACAGGCCUGAGUACCGACAUGGCAACUGCUAGUGCGAAGAAGUUCUUGAGGACGAUGGCGCAGCCGUUUAGUGGCAAAGACCAGGAUGGAAUAUCUACGUGGAGCUUAAAGGAUCUACAGAAGCAUGUGGACAAGAUGCAAGAUGAAAAGAUUCGAGAAUUGCAGAAUGGGAAGAUGGAGGUUGACGAAGAUGCAACGAAUGGGCAUGCAAAUGGCCUCAACGGUAUUGAUGAGUAUGAUGACGACGACAUUGAUGACGCUGCAUUGAUGGAAAUGGAUGCCUGA